AGCAAUCCCCGCCCUCCUCUUCUCCCGAGGAACUUCCUAGAGGGAGAGGGAGGGGGAGGGGGGGCUCAGCGCCCGGAGGCCAGGCUCCCAGUAAGCCGAGAUGCUGCUGCUGUGCGUGUCGGUGGUUGCAGCCUCGGCGCUGGCAGCACCAGCUCCCGGGGCCGGUGGGCAGAGGCGGGGAGCAGUUCAGGCUUGGCCCCAUGCUCCUAACGUGGUGCUAGUCGUCAGCGACUCCUUCGUGUCCAUUCCUGCAGCUCCAUUGGAAGUGCUCCUGUCAACGUCACCAGCCACCAAUUCCAAUGAUGGAAGGCUAACAUUUUAUCCAGGAAGUCAGGUAGUGAAACUUCCUUUUAUCAACUUCAUGAAAGCACAUGGUACUUCCUUUCUAAAUGCCUACACGAACUCUCCAAUCUGCUGUCCAUCACGCGCAGCAAUGUGGAGUGGGCUCUUCACUCACUUAACAGAAUCUUGGAAUAACUUUAAGGGAUUAGAUCCAAAUUAUACAACAUGGAUGGAUGUCAUGGAGAAGCAUGGCUACCAAACACAAAAAUUUGGAAAAGUGGACUAUACUUCAGGACAUCACUCCAUCAGCAAUCGUGUGGAAGCCUGGACAAGAGACGUUGCUUUCCUACUCAGACAGGAAGGCAGGCCUAUGGUUAAUCUUGCCCCUAAAAAGACUAAAGUAAGAGUGAUGGAAGCAGACUGGAAGAACACAGACAGAGCCGUAAGCUGGUUAAGAAAGGAGGCAAGCAAUUCCACUCAACCAUUUGUUCUGUACUUGGGAUUAAAUUUACCACACCCGUAUCCUUCACCAUCUUCAGGAGAAAAUUUUGGAUCUUCAACUUUUCACACAUCUCUUUAUUGGCUUAAAAAGGUGUCGUAUGAUGCCAUCAAAAUCCCAAAGUGGUCACCUCUGUCAGAAAUGCACCCUGUAGAUUAUUACUCUUCUUAUACCAAAAACUGCACUGGGACAUUUACAGACAAAGAAAUUAAGAAUAUUAGAGCAUUCUAUUAUGCUAUGUGUGCUGAGACAGAUGCUAUGCUCGGUGAAAUUAUUUUGGCUCUUCGCCAGUUAGGUCUUCUUCAGAAGACUAUCGUCAUAUACACCUCAGACCACGGGGAGUUGGCCAUGGAACACCAACAGUUUUAUAAGAUGAGUAUGUACGAAGCUAGCUCCCAUGUCCCACUCUUGAUUAUGGGGCCGGGAAUUCAGGUCAACCUGCAAGUGUCAAGUGUGGUUUCUCUUGUGGAUAUUUACCCUACUAUGCUUGAUAUUGCUGGAAUUCCUCUGCCUCAGAACCUGAGCGGAUACUCUCUGCUGCCAUCAGCGUCAGAAAUGUUUAAGAAUGAACAAAAAUUCAAAAACCUACAUCCACCCUGGAUUCUGAGUGAAUUCCAUGGAUGCAAUGUAAAUGCUUCCACCUACAUGCUUCGAACUAACCAAUGGAAGUAUAUAGCCUACUCUGAUGGUGCUUCAGUAUUGCCUCAACUCUUCGAUCUUUCCUCAGAUCCAGAUGAAUUAACAAAUAUUGCCGCAAAAUUUCCAGAAGUUACUUCUUCUUUGGAUCAGAAGCUUCGUUCCAUUAUUAACUACCCUAAGGUUUCGGCUUCUGUCCACCAAUACAAUAAAGAGCAGUUUAUCAAAUGGAAACAAAGUAUAGGGCAAAACUAUUCAAAUGUCAUAGCAAACCUUAGGUGGCAUCAGGACUGGCUGAAAGAACCAAAGAAGUAUGAAAAUGCCAUUGAUCAGUGGCUUAAAUCCCACUCUGAUCCAAAAACAAUUUGAACAACAAAAAAGAAAAGAAUGUUUAAGAGUUAUGUAGAAAUAUGUUACAAAAUCAUGAUUCAUUAUGCAUUUUAAAUGUUACUUUUAAUAAUUACUGAUUUUAAAUUAAAUAAUGUACUUUUUUAAAAUAAGAUACCAAUCAUUAUAGAAUAAUAUAUUUUCAAAAUGAUUACUAUCAAGACCUUAUUCUUACCAACUUCUAACAACUUAAUGGGAGUAUUAAAAGGGUGGAAACAAAUACUAGAACAUAAAGUUGUGUUCCUCUGAAUAUUAUGGAAUAUAGAAUAUUUUAAACAUUACUAAAAUUAUUACUUAUGAACCAUAAAAUAGUUAGUUUUGAGUAUUUGAUGGUGUAUGAUGAGUUGUUUUUAUCUGAUUGGACAUAGAUCAUUUGAAUGUAUUUGAUGGGAGAAUUUGGAGUAUUUUAUGGGACACAGACCAUGGAUAUGGCUGAUCUUAUUUAAUUUUUUUUAAUAGGCAAAAUAUAUGCACAAGGUAUAAAUUUCAAAAAGUUACUAAAGGGUUAACAAUGAGUGUGAAGUCACUUUUCUUUUCCAAUAGCUCAACCAUCCAGUUCUCCUUUUUGGAGAUAACUACUGUAACCACCUUCCUAUGUAUCCUUUGAGAGACAGCACUCCCCCACCCCCAACAAAUGGUAACAUACCAUGCAAAAUACCUUGCUCUCUUUUUCUCCACUUUAACAAAGACAUCUAGAAGUGAAAUUGCUGGGGCAAGACUAUAUCUAGCAAAAUUACUCUAGACACUCCUAUAUUAACCCUACAAAAGUUAUACCAAUUUCUAUUCUCACUAGAAAUGUGUUCUCGCAUUUAUUGCCAAUUGGGCAGAUAUAAAAUAUCUUGUUGUUAUUUUCCUUAUUAUAUGUGAAGUAGAUCAUAUUUUCAUAUUUUUAAUGGCCAUUGGAAUUUUCUUUACCAUGACCUUUUCCUUUUUUACACUUUGCCUAUUUUCUGUUGGUUAUUUGUCUUUGUUAUUACAGGCAUACUUUAGAUAUUAGCUCUCUGUCUGUUAGAGAAGCUGCAAAUAUUUUUUUCCUUUUCAUAAUUUGUAUUUUGACUAGUGCCCUAGUGUUUGUUGACAUGUAGAAAUUGGUAUUUUCAUGCAGUCUGAUUUAUGAAUCUUUGCUUUUGUGGCUUUGGGAUUUUGUGUCAUAUUUAGAAUGGCUUUUCCUACCUAUCUUCAUUUAGAGUUUUAUUUUUCACUCUUAGAUUUUUAACCCAUGGGAAUGUAUUACAUAUUAGAGAUCUAACUUUAGCUUCUUUUUUUUUUUAAGAUGGCCACCCAAUUGACCUCUCAUUGAGAAAAGUAAUAUUUAUUCCAUCGGUUAGAAGAUGCCACUUUGCUAUAUAACAACUUUUAUUAAAUAAAUGAUCUUUUCCUCUA